AAGUGGGCGGAGCUCAACGGAAACAUGGCAGCGGGCGUCUUAACUAGAGUAAGGCAGGCUCUCCGUGGUCCUCGGUUGGCCGCUGCUCUGUUCUCCUGUCAUGGACAGACUUUGAGCUCCGCGGCCGCUGCUGUUCAUUCACCGGCAGCAGCGACCAUAGAAACCGAUGCUACAGAUAAAAUCCUCAACUUCCCCCUCACUCAGCCAGAUUAUUUCCACUUGUCUGAGCUCUUCAGCAUGAAGGACCUGUUUGAUGCCCGCGUCCAUCUUGGACACAAGAAAGGCUGCCGACAUGCUCUGAUGGAGCCGUAUCUCUUCGGCUGUCGCCUGGACAUGGAUAUCAUUGACCUGGAGCAAACGGUGGAUCAUCUCCAGCGGGCGCUCAACUUCACGGCCCACGUGGCGUUUCGAGGUGGCGUCGUCCUGUUCGUGAGCCGCAGACGGCAGUUCGCUCAUCUGGUGGAGACGACAGCGCGGGACUGCGGGGAAUACGCUCACACGCGCUACUGGAAAGGCGGACUCCUCACCAACGCUCCCAUCCAGUACAAUCCUGGCGUCCGGCUCCCAGACCUCAUCGUGUUCCUCUCCACCCUCAAUAACGUCUUCCAGGAGCACGUCGGGAUUCGGGACGCGGCCAAGAUGAAUAUUCCCACAGUGGGGAUCGUGGACUCCAAUUGCAACCCCAGUCUGAUCUCAUACCCGGUGCCAGGUAAUGAUGACACUCCUGCGGCGAUGGAGUUGUACUGCCGAUUGUUCAAAAUGACCAUUAAAAGGGCGAAGGACAAGAGGAGGCAGAUGGAGCUUCUCAAGGGGAUUUGAGAGAGAGGUCAGGAUGUGUGUGAGAGAAUCAGAAUAUUCAACGUAAAGGGAUAGUUCACCCAAAAAAUUAAAAUUCUGUCAUCAUUUACUGAUUUUUCAUUUGUUCAGAAUUAAGUGUGUUUUACUUGUAUGUAUUUUUGUUGUUGUUGUUGGUUUUAUACCUGAAGUUCUGGUAGCUCUUGACAUUUAUUUUCUGAAUUAACAAGGAGCACAGCUUUAACUAAAGACUUUAAUGUUCUACUGCAGAUAAAGUGACCUAAAUCUUGGAUAUCCCAAGGUGAAGGGAUUAAAAGCAAAUUUACAUUUUUGUCUGAACUAUCCCUUGAAAAUGUUUGUAUAAAUAGGCCAUCCCAGAAUGAAAUAUUCAACAAAUUAAACUUAAUACCGGGUAUUUAUUGGUAUUGUAUUGAUUACCAUUAGUUGCCUGUUAUAUGACUGUAAUAAAGUUUCAAAAUUC